GACGGUGGAGGAGGGACCACAGACCGAACUGAUCCCACGUGUGACGGAGAGCUGCAUCCCCGGCUGGCUGACACUGUAGCUCCGCUCCGUCUGCCGACCUGCAGCCUGUGUGUGUCCGUCAGUCACUGCCUGUAGCUGGGUCAGAUAUGGAAGGAGACGGGAGCCAAGCCACGUCUGCUGGAAGCCCGACUGAUCCGCAACACGACCCGGGGAAAAUGUUUAUCGGUGGCCUCAGCUGGCAAACUUCACCAGACAGCCUUAGAGAUUAUUUUAGUAAAUUUGGGGAAAUCAGAGAAUGUAUGGUGAUGAGAGACCCAACGACAAAACGCUCCAGGGGCUUUGGCUUCAUCACUUUUGCAGAUGCUGCCAGCGUAGAUAAAGUCUUAGCACAGCCGCACCACGAGCUGGACUCUAAAAUGAUUGACCCUAAAGUUGCCUUUCCCAGACGUGCUCAACCCAAGAUGGUCACAAGAACAAAGAAAAUAUUUGUUGGAGGAUUAUCCGCCAACACAGUAAUUGAAGAUGUGAAGCAAUAUUUUGAACAGUUUGGCAAGGUAGAGGAUGCCAUGCUAAUGUUCGACAAAACCACCAACCGACAUAGAGGUUUUGGCUUUGUAACAUUUGAAAUUGAGGAUGUGGUGGAGAAAGUCUGCGAGAUCCAUUUUCAUGAAAUCAAUAAUAAAAUGGUAGAAUGCAAAAAGGCCCAGCCUAAGGAAAUAAUGUUUCCUCCAGGGGGGCGAGGUCGGGCCAGGGGCCUACCAUACACUAUGGAUGCCUUCAUGCUGGGCAUGGGCAUGCUGAGUUACCCCAACAUUGUAGCUACAUACGGUAGGGGCUACACUGGCUUCACCCCAAGCUAUAGCUACCAGUUCCCUGGCUUCCCAGCUACAGCUUAUGGACCAGUGGCAGCAGCGGCGGUAGCAGCAGCUCGUGGCUCAGGUAGGGGGACCCGUGGAAGAGGCGGCGGCUACACGGCAUAUGGGCAGAACGCAGGGGCAGGGUUCCCUGAUUAUGGGUUGUAUUCCGUGGCCGGGGCCAGCGGAGACGUGCGGGCGCCCUACUCCCUGGCUGACUAUGGCUCCCUGGGGGCCCAGGCGGCUGCUCAAAUCCUACCCAGUGAGCAUGCCAGCUCGGCCUGCAACUCUCCCACCUCCCUCCAGCACCACCUGCAAAGCCCGGACCCUUUUAAGAGCCCAGGAACCAAUCCAACCCGGCCUGGAGCCUUUCCUGGUGCCAACAGUCCUGGCCCUGUAGCUGACCUCUAUGGAACCACCAGUCAGGACUCUGGUGUGGGCAACUACAUCAGUGCCACUAGCCCUCAGCCAGGCUCUGGCUUCAGCCACAGCAUUGCAGGUCCAUUGAUUGCGACAGCUUUUACAAACGGAUACCAUUGAAAGCUAAGAGGUGACUGGUUGCCAUCUCAUUUGAGGUGAUGCCAUCCAGCACUAACCACUACAGCAUCCACGUGAGCCAGAGCGGAGGUGGCACCAGAUGAAGAACAGCUGGAAAACAAAAGUAGAAAAUCAUCACAGAAAAAAACGACGUCAGUCAGUACAGCAGUGGUAUAAAGCCCGACCUGCUAUGGAGAUCCCUCUGACUGUACUGUAGGCUAGUAUCCAUGUGUAGAGAUUUGCUGGUUUAUAUUUGAAUUUUGAUGAUUUAAUUUUAAAUUGCUUUUCUUGGAUUGUGACUUUUUUUUGUCCUGGGCUUAAUCAAUAAUGAAACAUUUUUAAAAGUAUUUAGUUCUGAUUAUUAAGUUUGUUUCUUUUGAUCCUCACUUAAAAAAAAAGCAAUGUACGUUUCACUACACCUCUUUUUGCGUGCAUGUCUGCGGAGACACUGUGGACACGUCUUUUUUUAUCUUCGAGCGAUUGAAAUAUUGUCAGUUUGCACAUACAAACCACUGUGGCUCAGUGGACACGGUACUGGUUCAUGUAUCUAAACAACACAAGACAAACCAAUAACACCCAGUAGCUUCGGUUCUAGCAAUGUGGUCACUAAACGUACCCAUUUUUGGCAAUAAGAGGACUACAAUAUUUUCACAGUCCUGUUUUAUAAAUGUUUUGUUGUCUGGAGAAAAUGAUAGAAAAAGUUGUGCUUUUAAUUCUAUGUCAGAUUUAAGAAGAAAUGUAUUACUGUAAAUUGUGUUCCAGUCAUUGCAUAUAGUGCUUUAGAGAGGGACAAUAUUCCUCAGUGCCUGAGGAAUACCAUGACAGAUCCUGUGCUGUUGGUUAGCUGUGUAUGUGCUCUUUUGCUUUCCAACUGUGGCUAAUUUGAUACCAGCAUAUUUGUCUACACAGUGAGCUAUAGUGUGCACAAUUAGAAAAAGACGACACAAGGUUGGCGUCGUGGAUCUGCACUCUCAUUCUUCUACGUCACUGCGACUCUGGAGCUCAGUAGCAUGAAAAGAAACCAAUCCAAAGCACACUUGAUAGUUUUGGGAAUACUAGACGAACCGUGUUGUAUCCUCACAUUUCACAAAGACGAUGUUUGUUUGAUAUAACUGUCUUUACCUGUCUGGUGUCACACAAAAGGCAAUAUUUCAAGAAUAUUUUUUUGCAAAUUGCGUUUCUUUCCCAGGAGGAAGGAGUGCAGCAGUUGAGUGUUGCUUAUUACCUCAGUCCUGUGUGUUUUGUAACGAUAACCAGAGAACUUGUAUGAAUGUCACAUUAUGUCUGCCUGACAGAGUGAGGUUGUUGCACUGUUAUUCGAGGUAAGGCUGAAAGUGGAUUUCAUUUGCACAUUAGUUGGCUCUUUGCAGUGGACUUUUAUUUAUAACUCAUUCUUUUGGUCAGGACAAAUGUCAGGACCUUUAUUUACUGUUUUUAAAUUUUGACGGUUGCCUGCACACCACUGGUUGAGCUGCCAUCACUGCGUACAAACAGAUUUUCAUACAAGCAUUACAUCAAAUGUAGAGAUGUUCCGAUACCAUUUUUUCCUUUGGUUACGAUACCUAAACAUUGCGUAUCGGCUGAGUACCGAUCCGAUACAUGUGCUUAAAUUAUAAUAUUUUUUUAUUUUUUAACGUUUAAACAUAUACUACUAAGCACAGUAGUAGGUAGGUAACUUUUAUAAAAAAUAACUUUUUGUCAUAUUUGCUCAAACUUUUACUAUAUCCUGACAGUAGUACACGAAACAGACACUGUCCUAAUGGCAUUUGCAAGAAUCUACCGCGGCUGAACAAAAACAACCAAUCAGAGCCAAGAAAUAUAGUUGAUUGUUGAGUCUCAUUCCCAGGUUGUCCAGUACUGAUGGUUUGGGUCGGUUGAUUGUUGAGUCACCUGGGAAUGAGACUCAACAGUCACUCCAGGAAGUUGCAAUCACAACAAUUAAUGCAAAUUCAAAUUGCAAUUUUGUCUGAUCACUGCAACGUUUUUGCAAAUAUGACCAAUCAUUGUAAAAGCCUAAAAAUGAUUAGGCAAUUAUAUUGCAACAUACAUUGCAAUAAUAAAUUACGUGGUAUCAGAUUGGUGCACAGAUGCGUACUUGCCAAUACCCAAGCACAUUUUAGGCAGUAUUGGAGGAAUUUCCUGGUAUCGGAACAACUCUAAAAAAAAUGUAAAGGAUGUUAUUUAUAAUUUCAUGUAAUAGGAAUUUGCUAUAACUAAAGAGUCAGUCUUUCUUUAAAGUUUGAAAUGGUUUAUAAAUUGAUAAAUGUAUAUGCUGUUUUCUUCCUCUCUGUGCUAAUAAUACAGAUAUUUUAGAAAUUACUUUUACAAACCACAGGAAGCUGAAAGCUGGACUGUUUCUAAAAUGGGGAGUAAGUAAUAAUCCAAAAAAUAAAAAAAUAAAAUGUAUAUGUCGUUAAUUAAAAAGAGAAACAUGUAUGUUCCCUUGUAUGAUGAUUUACAUUUCUAAGAAGGAUUUGUAUCAAUAUUUUUGUGGUUGUUAAUGAUUAUAUGAAUAAUAUCUAUAUAACUACCAAUAAUAAUUAUGUACUGUAUAGCCAUCCAGUUCUCUCUCCAUUCCCAGUCAUCCCCUACAAUGAUCUUUAGUUGAUCAUUAAUGUAUUUCAGUAAUGUAUACAAAAGAAAUGACCUUAUAUAUGAGUGCUGUCUUUGAUACCAGUGUAGUGGUCUAUACACAGAUUUGUUAACCUUUAAAACUGUCACUACCUUUGUCUCUCCUCUCACUCUUUCUCCUAGUAACUAGUAAUAGAUGUUAGUCACAGUAGAUACUAUUAGCUUGUACUCAUUAGAUCUAGGACCAGUAAGGAUAGAACCUUCUCAUUUUUCCAUCUGGGGAAAAAAAAAGCUGACAUGGGUUUCACUUGUAUUUUUAUUUUCCUGUCCAUUUUCUGUUCUGUGCUGCUCUCAUGUGAACCAAAGCUCUUAUUGAAAACAUUUGACGGAAGAUUUGCUGUAAGUUGUUCUUGUAAACAAGGCAUUAAUUGGAUCCCCACCCUUGAAUGUUAUAAAAAAAAGGGGGUUUGCCAUACUACCUUAAAUGCUAAUGCUAGAUAUGCAAAACACUUUGAUUUGUCAGGAUAUAAUUUGAGUUAAAGAACAUAUUUUUAUAUAGUCAUAACAGAUUAAUGAUAAUGACAGUAAUAACAAUGGCUAUACAUUAAUCUGAGCUGUAUGUUUUGAUAUUUGUAUUCUUAAAUAUCCCAGUGGCCGAUGGUACUACUUUUUGAAUACUGUUUGUUUUUACUUCAGUACUUUUACUAUUUUAGUUUAAACUCAACCUAAAUGAUUGAUUUAUUUGCUCUUGAAUUGUGGAAACAGCUCAUACUUUAAUCAAUCAUCAACAUCAUUAGAAUGCCAAUCACAAAAGCUUGUUAUCCAGUUUACUGCAGUUCAAAGCACUACUCAUACUUGCCAAAAUACUUACACAGCUGUACAGACUUGCAAUAACACUCUUUCCUGGACUCACAGCAGUGUGCAGAUAACUGUGGUGGUCUGAAUAGAAGGGGUAGUGACUGAAACAGUAAACACAGUGCGGCCUACAAAUUAUGUUCAUAUGCCAGUGACAAAUAAUGCUUUUUGGCCCUGAGAGCUCAAUAAGCUGCACCUGAAGAAAAAACAUGAUAAUAGACAAAAGGAAAGCAAAUACUUAAAAAAAAACACAUUGCCUUUGGGUAUUCAACAUUGGAAGUAAAAAAAAAAAAAAAAAAAAACAAUUUGACAACACGCAGAUCAUUUGGAAAAAUCACUGCACAGAAAGAACACACAACCAAAUGCAGAAACACCACAGGUAGCACAGACAACAAUGUGUCCAGGGGACACUAAAGAGUGAUGAACACAGCCAAAAAAAAGGGUCACCUUCCAUGGAGUCUGCCAUGUUGAACUGCAAUGUUGCUACAGUAAAGGACAAACCAAACACUGGCUCUAGAUAGGGCCACUGUAGUUUCACCUUUUAAGAGGUCAAGUUGCAGUGUGUUGAGCGCUCGGGGCCACCAUAAUUUGUGGAAUACAUAAUGCCAGAUUAGGGUGGUCAAGUUAAGUCAAAUUAAUUUUAUUAAGCCCAUAUACAAAGUACACUUUUGUCUUGAAAGCACCACAGGUGUAUAGCUGUAGCUCUGGUUCAAACCUGCUGGCCAUCUGGGGCCUUUCUGUGUGGAGUCUGCAUGUUCUACCUGUGUGUGUGGCUGAGGGCGCUUCUCUGGGUACUUUUCUCUCACAGUAUAUGCAAAACAUAAACUACCAGGCUUUUCCCAAUUCUUAAUCCCUUUAAUAUCUGUAAAUGGUCUGUGAAGUGAAGUGGAGUCUUGCUUAAAUAAUAACAAAAAUGCAAUUCUACUAGUACUUUACAGGACAGGAAACCCAGUUUGUGUGUGUGUGUAUGUGUGUGCAAAAACAUGUAUGCUUCUAUAGAAUAGGUCAUUUUAGAUCUGUGAUUUAUCAGAUAUAAGGCUUUCUCAGUACUAAAGUACUGUGUCUUUAUGGACAUUGGUGAGGGAGUUUAUUGUACUGUUAUACAGUAUAUCCAUAUAUAUGCAUGCCCCAUGGUCACAGCAGGUUAUACAAACUGUGUUAAUAUCAACCUGCCUUGGUCAACUUGAGAAUCAAGUAUUAUAAAAGUAUGAGCUGUUUCCUCUUUAGAGUAGCUGAUCCAGUUCCAUAUUCUUAUACAGUAAACCUUCAUUGCUUCAGAUUCAGGCUUUUAUUUGAUCUUACCGCUCGCACUUUAAGGUAGCAUGGCUCUGUUGUUGCUGUACUUUACUUUAAUACUGACAGCAGUUUACAGCUAAUGAAUGUUACACAUCUUGUUAGAUGAGUUCAUCAUUGGAUAAUAGUUGGCUAAAAAAAGCAAAACAAACGUGAUCUGAAGGUGUUGGAAUAUGUAUUGUGAGUGUACUACUGAUCCACUUAAACUUGAAUCUUGAGGCAAGUGCUAGGUAAUGGCCAACAGCACAUCUUGACACUGUAACACAGCUCAUGCCCACUGUUAGGUCAUGUACACACAGAUCAAUGGUUUAAGCCUGUGUAGGUAUAUACACACAAACAUAUAGCUUUAUGGGGAAAUGCUAACUUUUUCCCAUAAAGCAGAUGAAAUUACACUUAAGUAUAAUAAUAAUUUCAUUUGGAGCGUUACCAGCAGUGGCACAAUUUCCUCUGACUUUGAAGGUUUCAUGUUUUUAGAGGUGGUUCAGUCAUUCAUGUCUUAUCAUCUAGCAGUAGAAGCUUGUCCUCCAUCUGGAGGUCUCUGAUUGCCUUGCCCAUUCCUACCACUUGCCCAUUUUUUAAUGUUAAAACUUGUUAAUGACUUUUUACCAUGAGAGCUGACUGAAUGGACUGACUGUCUGAAAGCAUCUUUCAGGUCUUCUUGUAUGGCUUGCUCAAGCCCCGUUGUAGAAAAAAAGAAAAAAAAAAGGAGAAAAAAAAAGAAAAAAAGUGGAUGGGGGUCUCUCACAUCCAAGAUGUUGAAAGUAUAAUUUUAUAUUUGUAUUUUCAAAUAAUGAUAAUAAAAGAUGUUUGUGAAAGGUAUCCAUCCUCUACUCUGGUCCAGAAAUCAAUGUGUUUGUUUAAAAAACAUGAAAUAAAACUGUUAUCAACCAGCACAA